AUGGCUCCUCACGCGGAAGUCGGCACGGGCUCCUCGAACGGGCCGGUAUUCAACGGCCGAGGCUCCUCUGCUACUCAGGACCUCUUCACCGUCAACUCACCCAACGUCACCUAUACUGAUGCGGAGAUCCGUUCUCGAUACACCUACCGCACCACAAAGGUUGAAGUUGAUGCCAACGGCAAGUAUGUUGCCACUCCUAACGAGACUCUCUACGACUUCAAGGUCGACCGCAAGGUUCCCAAGGUCGGUAUGAUGUUGGUUGGUCUUGGAGGCAACAACGGCACCACCGUUACCGCUGGUAUCCUCGCCAACCGCCGUCAGCUCGCCUGGGACACCAAGGAAGGCCCCCGCGAGUCCAACUACUACGGCUCCGUUGUCAUGGGCUCAACCCUCAAGCUCGGCCAUGACGCCAAGACUCACCAGGAGGUCAACAUCCCCUUCCACAACAUCCUUCCUAUGGUCCACCCCAAUGACCUGGUCAUCGGAGGUUGGGACAUCAGCAAGAUGAACCUGGCUCAAGCCAUGGACCGCGCUCAGGUCCUCGAGCCCACCCUCAAGGCCCAGGUCAAGAAGGAGAUGGCUGAGAUGGUUCCCCUUCCCUCCAUCUACUACCCUGACUUCAUUGCUGCCAACCAAGAGGACCGUGCCGACAACGUCCUCGAGGGUACCAAGGCCUGCUGGGAGCAUGUUGAGAAGAUCCGUCAGGAUAUCCGCGACUUCAAGGCCAAGAACGGCCUCGACAAGGUCAUCAUCAUGUGGACUGCCAACACUGAGCGAUACGCCGACCUGAUCGAGGGUGUCAACGACACUGCCGAUAACCUUCUCAAGGCAAUUGAGCAGGGACAUGAGGAGGUUUCCCCUUCUACCGUCUUUGCUGUCGCUUGUAUCCUCGAACAAGCCCCUUUCAUCAACGGCUCUCCUCAAAACACCUUCGUCCCUGGUGCCAUUGAGCUUGCCGAGAAGCACAACGCCUUCAUUGGUGGCGACGACUUCAAGUCUGGCCAAACCAAGAUGAAGUCUGCCCUUGUUGACUUCCUCAUCAACGCCGGCAUCAAGUUGACUUCCAUUGCCAGCUACAACCAUCUUGGAAACAACGACGGCAAGAACUUGAGCUCCCAGAAGCAGUUCCGCUCCAAGGAGAUCUCCAAGUCCAACGUCGUUGAUGACAUGGUUGAAGCCAACCACGUCCUCUACAAGAAGGGCGAGCACCCCGACCACUGCGUUGUCAUCAAGUACAUGCCUGCUGUCGCCGACAACAAGCGUGCUCUCGAUGAGUACUACGCUGAGAUUUUCAUGGGUGGCCACCAGACCAUUUCACUCUUCAACAUUUGCGAGGACUCUCUCCUUGCUUCUCCCCUGAUCAUCGACUUGGUCAUCAUUGCUGAGAUGAUGUCUCGUAUCCAGUGGAAGGCCGUGUCCUCCGAUGGCACUGCUACCACUGAGUAUAAGAGCUUCCAUAGUGUCCUGAGUGUCCUCAGCUACAUGCUCAAGGCUCCUCUGACCCCUCCUGGCACCCCCGUUGUCAACGCUCUUGCUAAGCAGCGCGCUGCCCUGACCAACAUCUUCCGUGCUUGUGUUGGUCUUGAGCCCGAGUCCGACAUGACUCUUGAGCACAAGCUUUUCUAG